AUGGGCUCUAUCGGUGACUACUACGAGUCGAAUAUUUCCAAUGGAGUUAGCAAUGGGGUCAAGCCCCAUUACGAGAUUGUGGAGGAGCCAAGUCGAUUCCGUCGCAAGAUCCGUAUCAUCGUGAUCGGAGCAGGCGCGAGUGCGUUGAACUUUGCCCAUGACAUUGACACAAGCACAUUAGACACAGAACUGGUCCUCUACGAAAAGAACCCCGAGGUUGGCGGGACUUGGUAUGAGAACCGGUACCCCGGAUGUGGAUGCGACAUUCCCUCUGUGAACUAUCAAUUCUCAUGGGCUCCCUCUCCGGACUGGACCUCUUUCUACUCGGGUGCAACUGAGAUCUUGAAUUAUUUCAAGGGAAUUGCCGACAAAUACGGACUUCGGAAAUACAUUCGCCUGGACCACAAGGUUGUAGGCGCGUUUUGGAAUGAACAUGAUCAACAGUGGCAUGUGAGAAUCCAGAGAGGAGACAGCCCCGAAGACAUUUUUGAGGACCAGGGACAUAUCUUGGUGAAUGCAAGUGGACUGACCAGCUUCAGCAAAUGGAAAUGGCCUGCUAUUAAGGGCCGCGAAACAUUCCACGGCCCUAUGCUUCAUAGUGCACACUGGGAUGAUGAAGUUCAAUUGCAAGGAAAGCGUGUGGCUGUUAUUGGCUCAGGCUCGUCUGCAGUACAGAUCAUUCCGACCAUUCAGCCCAAGGUUGCCUCCCUCAAAUGUUUCAUUCGCAGUGCCUCGUGGGUAACUGCUGGCUUUGGUCAACGAUUUGCAGGAAAGGGAGGAUCCAAUUUUAAAUAUACCGAGAAACAAAAGGAUAUUUUGCAGAAUGACCCUCAGAAAUACUUAGCCUAUCGCAAGAAGAUUGAGUCUGAGCUCAACUCCCGCUUCCGAUUUAUUCUCAAUGGAUCAGAGGAGCAAGCGAAUGCGCGAGCGUAUGCUGAGAAAGAUAUGCGGUCCAAACUCGCCGAUCGCCCCGAAAUCGCAGACUGGAUUGUUCCAAAGAACUUUGCAGUAGGCUGCCGAAGACCCACGCCUGGAAAUGGGUAUCUCGAAGCGCUCUGCUGCGAGAAUACCUCGGUUGUCUCGCAGUCCAUCGUUGAAAUUACCCCGAAGGGCAUCAAAACUGCAGAUGGAUUUGAGCACAACGUCGACGUUAUUGUAUGUGCCACUGGGUUUGAUGUCAGUUGGCGGCCAUCGUACCCGACAAUUGGCCGGCAAUCUCGUAGUCUGAGUGAACAGUGGAAAGAUAUCCCCAGGACUUAUCUUUCCAUCACAGUUCCAAACUUCCCUAAUUACCUUAUAUUCAACGGCCCCUUCGGCCCAUACGGUCAUGGAAGCUUCCUCCCCAUCACAGAAACCCUGUCUCGGCAUUUCGUCCAGAUGCUGGAGAAAAUGUCGUCAGAGGGUGUCACAUCUUUUGACCCCAAAGCUGAGGCAGUUGCAGAAUUCUUCGAGCAUCACAAGAAAUUUAUGCCACGUACCGCUUGGACAUCUCCAUGUCGCUCGUGGUUCAAGCAGGGUACUGUGGACGGAGAGGUAAUGAUGUGGCCGGGUUCGAGAAUUCACUUCUUUGAAACUAUGAAACAGCCCCGUUGGGAAGAUUACAAUCUCCGCUAUACAACCUCCAAUCGAUUUGGAUAUCUGGGCAAUGGCUUCGCCGCACGCGAGUUUGAUGGAAGCGACCUUUCUUGGUACCUGGGCACUAUAGAUGGAAACGAACAAGCAAACCUUCCGGAUGAGGAUUUUGAGGACUUUAUAGUUCAGUCAGUUUGA